UUAGAUCCGUUGAUAAAACAUUUUGAUAUUUUAUAAAUACACUGGUAAAUUAAAUAAAUUAACAAAUUGGUGCUUUAUAGUCCGGAUGAUUUUGUGCGGAAAAAAAACACAUUUUCACGACUUUACCCGCAGUGGAAUCCAACCACAGGACAGGUAGAGCAGGUGAGGUGUCAGAUUUCAGUUUACUGUCGACUCGACUGCACAUUUCACAAGGACUCGGUUGAACUUUUUACCCGCACUUCUGCAAAACAGACUCCUUCAAAAGAAAUGGCCCACAAGUACGACGGCUUGUCCCACUGCAAGCUGGCCUUGGUCUUCGCGGUGCUGAUGGACCUCCUGGGGGUGAUCUCCCUGCUCUUGGGAGUCUUCGCCCCCCUGGAGAUCCGAGGGCGAGACUUCGGGGAUCUCCUGGUGUACUCGGGGGCUCUGCUGGUGCUGCUGUCCCUGGCGGGCUGGGUGCUGUGGUACAGCGGCAACAUCGAGGGCCUGACGUCCAUGAAGGAGCUGGGGGGCCACAUGGGCGGGGCCGUGGACCGCCUGGCUCGGUCCCUGAGCAGGAGGAUACGUCUGCCCAGGACACACAGCAGCCCGACGUAGACGCGCGCUUCAAAGGAGCGCCAUUGCUUCAAAAAAGAAAUUUCAAUACGAAGGCUGAAGUUAGCCUCUUCUUUAAAAGGGGCCGAUACUGAUGGUCGAUACCAGACUGAUAUCUUUCACUUGAAAUACAUGUGGGGGUGUCCCACAGGGGUCAAUCCUGGGUCCGCUACUUUUUAAUCAUGUAUGUAAUAAACAAGAAGUGUUCUGUCGAGGGAGGAAUUGCCAAAAUAAACUUGGAGAAAAGCACCUUCUUGUUGUUUGGAACUCAGAAAUGAGUGUAAAAUUGGAUAUUUGAUAACAGAGAUUGGCAGAUUAGAAAGUAAGUGAAUCAAAAAUAAAUACAAAUAAAAACAAACUGAGAAAAAAAAUAUCUAAAUAUUUCUAUAUUUUAGUUGUAGAAAUACAGUAAAUAAAAUGGGGUGUUAUUUUAGCCCACAAGCUGUGCUCAGUGUUGGCCCUAGAAUUUUCAAAAUGGGACCCCAUCAAGUCAUAAAAAUGGGGUCCCACUUUCUUGUAAGCGUUUUGAAAACAAAUGAUAAAUGUAUGCAUUAUCCUGUUA